UCUGCAAUGUUUACAAUUUUGUCAAUAGUAAAGUUUUUUGGUAAGGUUAGAAUAAACAGUAAACUUUAUUAAGACAUUUUUGUGAAAUUGAUCAAUAUUAGAAUCUGUCAACCAAUAUUUGUAAAAUAAAUUUAGAUGGCUAUAGUAUUUUACUGAUAUUUCAUCACAGUAAUAGAACAAUAUGUUUAAGAAUUUUUAAAACUUUUGAGUCAAAAUUCUACCAUGGGCAAGACAAAGAAGAUUUUUAAAAGACUGUUUCAGAUAUGUCGCUAUGAUUGGAAUCAGUUAAAGGAAGAAGAUCAGACGGCACUUGAAAGUGAACUGGGGGAAUUGUUAAACUUUGAUAUUGAUAUCAAUAUGCCAAAUGUUUAUUUUAAAGGAAGUUUGUUAUUGUGUGAAGCCAGUCGAUUAGGGAAUGAAAAGGUUGUUAAAAUAUUAUUGAAAAACGGUGCCGAAGUGAAUACCUGUGAUAGAAAUAAAUGCUCUCCUCUAUAUAUAGCCUCUUCUCAGGGUCAUAUAAAGGUCGUGGAGAUAUUCGUUAGACACCAUGCUGAUGUAAACUCUCGCAAUUUGACAGGUUAUAUGCCCCUUUUAUCUGCAGUUGAAAAUAAUCACAUGCAGGUGGCUCGUGUAUUAGUGGAAGCUGGAGCGAACGUCAACAUUGCUCGACCGAACACUUUUGGAGUAGAAAUGACAUUAAUGGCAUUUGUUUUAUUUGCCAAAAAUGACAUUCCGUUUGCAGAUGUUUUACUGAACGCCGGUGUACUACCACAUAAAUUUCAGAAACCCCUGAACUAUCUUCUAUUAGAUGGCAGCAGCGAAUGUAGAACUUUUCUACAAAAACUCAUCAUGGCUGGAUUUGAUCUCUAUUGUAAGGAUUGGGUGAAAAUGACAAAUGCUAAGAUCAAUGGACAAAUUGCAGAGGUGUCUGAAUCAGAAAUAAACAUGUUGCGAUUUCUUGAAAAUGAGCACAAAAUACCUUCGAGAUUAGAGCGACAGUGUAGAACUAUAAUAAGGUCUAGUUUGACCUUAGCGAAACAUAAACCAACAGGUCACUUACAAACUAAAAUAGACUGUUUACCCAUUCCUUUCAAUCUAAAACGCUUUCUUUUAUUAGAAUAUCUUUAAAAUGUCUAUUUCUAAUUAAAUCAGGGAAUUUAAUUUUUGUUAUAUUUCGGCAAUACUAUAUACCGGAAAACACCAUUUUGUACUGAAUACCGGAAAAACACUAAAUACCGGAAAACACACUAAAUACCGGAAAAUACCCUAAAUGGGUAACCCGGAGACUGGCACCCUAAAUAGGUAACCGGAAGCCUUUUGCUCUGUGUUCCCGGGUUAGGGUUAGUUUCCGGUUUAUAGUAUAGGCCUUCUUCGGGUUACCUAUUUAGGGUGGUUUCUGGUAUUUAGUGUGUUUCCGGUGUUUUCCGCUAUUUAGUGUUUUUCCAGUAGUUUUCCGGUGUUUUUCGGUAUAUAGUAUAGCCCGUUAUAUUUAAUUUAUAUAAUAAGUCAUGUAUAUACAACCAAUAUUUUAUUUUACACAGGUGAUUGUUUUGUUUGCUUUUAUCAAUAAAUAAAUUGUACUUUCAUAUGAA